CACACACACACACUCUCUCUCUCUCUCUCUCUCUCUCUCUCUCUCCCACUCACACGCACGCGCACACACGCUUCUUGCUCUCGUGCGGCUGCAGCGCGCGAUCCUGUCAGUGAGUCAGUAGAGGACUGUGUGGUGCUGAUGGUGUUUGACAGAGUGGAUUAGAGGGUAACAAAAACUUAUUUUUUUUCGUAGGCAAAAGAAAAACAAGAAGGAAAACACGAAGUACAAAUGUGUACAGAUGUUCCGGAUAAUGAUUUUUGACACAUUUACCCGCGUGUUUUUACUGUUAUAACACAUUUUUGAUCGAUUUUCAUCGAUUUGGACCGUUUUUUUCCCCGUGACGCGCGCGCCAUGGACUGUAGUUAGCUUAGCACAAACCACAAAGUAAAAAAAACAAAAAAAAAAAACUAUUUUUCGACAUUUUUUAUUUUAAAACGAUGGACUUUUUAUAUAAAGUUUUAAACUUUUCUACGUUUGUCAGCGUUCUUCAGGUACUUGCUGACCCGGCUGUACCGUCCAAACAUCCAGGCCUGGAUGUGCUGGCCACAGCGUCACACUACUGGCCCCUGGAUGACGUAGACGGGAUUCGCAGCCUGAAGGACCAGAUUGGGAAUAGAACAGCACUCAGCAUCCACAACCACACUGUCCUGCCUACCCAUAACUCUUCCUCUGUGUACACCAAUGACUCUGCCUACACUAAUAUUUCCGUCUCUGUAGACAUUGUAGAAGGAGUAGUAAACAAAGGCAUAUAUCUGAACGGAGAUCGUGGCGCCACUUUCCUCCAUUUCGGCAACUACAGGAACUCCUGCAUCAGUGACCCCACUCUGUGUGGACCACAAGGAAUCACAUUCUCCUUCUUCUGGAAGAACCAGAACUCGCAUUCCCGCUUCGCCGUGAUGUCGGGAGGAAAAAUCAUAUCCAACGGCUUCUCCGUCUACACCAAUCCUUACGGAGGAUACGUGGAGUUCUACACCAGGCGAAACUCACAACGCUGGAAAGCAAACAUCGACCUGCCAGGGCCUUUCUGGACACACAUCCUGUUCACGUGGACCCUUAAAGAUGGCCUGAAGAUCUACAUAAAUGGCACGUUCAGCGUCAACGACACAAAAGGUGACAUGUCUUACAAUUAUGGCGAUACGUAUGCAGAUUUGGUCAUCGGAACAGGACCCAGCCACUCCUAUGGGCACUACGUCACCGCGUCCUUCGACGAGUUCGUUAUUUGGGAGCGAGCUCUUUCAGCUAAAGAGAUCUGGCUCUACUAUAAAGCUGCCAUAGGUGAGGAUGUGGGUUAUCCUCCAACUACAGAAUCUCCUUCUUCUGUCCACACCACAACAGAUGCCUUCCUGCAGGCAACAACAGCAUCACUCCAUCCCACUGUCUCUAACAGCACAGAGAUUCAUGACUCAGUGCCUAUGUCACUGCAGGGCUUCCUCCAGACCUCCUUCAUUCUGCCCAAUAAGACUAUUGCUAAGGAUACAGCUCACAAUCUGACACAGUCAUUUCUGAAGAGCGUUGACGAAGUGAUCUCUUCCAGUAACUGGCGAGAAGACGAGGAGGUACGCAGAAAUGCAUGCGAUACAUCAUUACGCCACGUCAGUAAAGAUCUGAUGCAGUCGACUCCUUUAAUCAGUGGACUUAUAGACACAGUGGACAAAGUCAUGGGGCACAUGGUGUCCAACCUUGAAGCUAAACCAAGUUCUCUUGUUGCUAUUGGUGGAAAGAGCUAUGUUGCAGACUACUCUAUGAUGAAGAUCCCACAGAAUUACAACAUGCAGAACUACAGAUUUCCGACACAAGGCAAAAACUACAUCUCAGUACCAGGGGAGGCCUUCACUACAGAAUCCCAGACCACAAUUGUAGGCCUUUUCUACCACAGCAUGCACAACUACUACAAACAGAUCAGCCCUCUGAGAACCAGGAUCAACGAGGCGGUGGAAUUUAUGGACCAUAAGAUCCAGGUGGCCAGCUAUCUGAUCUCCCUAAAGGUGGAGCCCUCUCCUGCCCUCUCUGUUAACCUGUCAUCAGAGCCACUGAUCAGAAUCAUGCUAACACACCAACUGAGCAAAGAACAACAACUUCAGGCCGCGAACGAGAGCAACAAGGUCUUCCUCUACUGCGCCUUCCUGGAUUACAGCUCUAAGGAAGGCGUUUGGUCCAACAAUGGCUGUCUAAGAGCGGGUGGCAACCUUUCAUACUCUGUCUGUGUCUGCAACCACCUGACCAACUUUGCCAUCCUCAUGCAGGUGGUUCCUGUGGAGCUCACCAAGGGACAUCAGAUUGCACUCUCUACCAUUACCUAUGUCGGUUGUUCCAUCUCCAUCUUCUGUCUGGCCAUCACCUUGGUCACCUUCGCUGUGCUCUCGUCUGUAAGCACCAUCCGGAACCAGCGCUACCACAUUCAUGCUAACUUGUCCUUUGCCAUACUGGUGGCCCAGAUCCUUCUGCUCAUCAGCUUCCGCUUUGAACCGGGGACAUUGCCCUGUAAAGUGAUGGCAUUGCUGCUACACUUCUUCUUCCUGUGUGCGUUCGCCUGGAUGCUGGUGGAGGGGCUUCAUCUCUACAGCAUGGUGAUCAAAGUGUUUGGUUCAGAGGGCAGCAAACAUUUCUACUACUACGGCAUUGGCUGGGGGUCCCCGGUGGUCAUAUGCGUCGUGUCCAUAACGUCCUCGCUGAGCAGUUACGGAGAAGACGGAAACUGCUGGCUGUCUCUGAAGAGCGGCGCUAUAUGGGCGUUCGUGGCUCCCGCUCUGUUUGUCAUUUUGGUGAACAUCGGCAUCCUCAUCGCUGUCACGAGGAUCAUCUCCAGAAUCAGUGCGGAAAACUACAAAGUGCAAGGAGAUGCUAACUCUGUCAAGCUCACUGCUAAAGCAGUAGCAGUUCUCUUGCCUAUCCUGGGCAUCUCAUGGAUCUUCGGCGUUUUGGCCGUGAACGAUCAGUCCUUCCUCUUCCAAUACAUGUUUGCAGUGUUCAACUCUCUGCAGGGCUUCUUCAUCUUCCUUUUCCACUGUCUGCUAAAUUCAGAGGUCAGAGCUGCUUUCAAGCACAAGACCAAAGUGUGGUCUCUGACCAGCAGCUCCAUGCGCAACGUCAACGCUAAGCCUUUCAAUUCAGACAUCAUGAACGGUAACCGAGGGGGCGUGAGUCCGACCAGAAUGAACACCUGGGAUAAAAGCACCAACUCAGCUAAUCGCAUUGAUCUCUCAGCGCUCUAAAAGUCAACAAACAAUGGCUACUGAACACAAAACAUCCACAAACAGACAGCGAAAAUCGUUCUUCUCCUCAGAUACACUGUCUGAUUCAACCACCGUUCCUUUUUCCACAACGACCCAGAGGUCUGGUCAAGAAAAGACUACGGCUAGUAGCAGACUCAUACCGACGUCACACUUUUUCACUGACGACACUCGCUUCAUGAAGACAUCCAAGAGUUCAGAGCCAUAAAUAAGUCACAGAUGAAAACACAAGACUCGUGUUGGAUAACCGUUCCCUGUUCAGCGUCCUUCUCGUAACUCCAGUUGCUGCUGGAUUCCACUGCUGUCUCUGAAUUGACAUUAAACUGUGACACAAGAUGCGCCUCGCUUGGGACGAGAAGUUUGGUCAUCGUGCUCCCGCUACGCUGAUGACCUUCUUUAACAGCUCUCACGAACUGAUUAGAUGGACCGAAAAUCAGGCCUGGGUUACCUGUGAGCCGUGUUGUACUUUCCGUGAAAUUCCGUGACUCCAACAAAAGGCAUUCCUGAAAGAGGAACCGAGUACCUAGAGUUCUGUCGCUCCUCUCAAAUAUCGCGCUGUAUGUUGUUCUCGUCCAACAGACACGUCGUGUAAAUUAUUGUCUUGAUGUCGCUUUCACAAAUAUCCACUGUUUCAAUGUCCCCAAAGUCUAAAAUCAUCUCCAAAGUGAUUAGACCUUGAGACCAAUAUAAUCUCAUUGUAAUUAGCAGAGCAGAUCUGACGUUCUGACUGCAUCGUCAAGAUCGGUUUCCGAACCUUUUAAAUGGAGGCCAGGGUUUCUCUUUUAAUUGAAACUAUAAAACACUAGUUGUCUUGUAUCAUAAAUAUUUACGGUAUAUAAUGAAGCAUUUGUCACGUACACCUCGUUGUUCUCACGCCAGAAGAUACAUUAUAUAUUUCGAAAUGUUUGUCAUAAGUUUGGUAUGUGCUUUUUUGAGCAUCGCAUUCCACGUUUAAGGCCAAUUUGCUCUUCUAAUUCCUUCCUCUCCUCUGGAAAGAUGUUCCA